GUAGACGCCUCGCAUGCGCUCGUGUGCGAAUGACAAGCCCCAAGUACGUCAUAUAUGCAUAUGAUUAUCUGCUUGCUCUUCUCUAUCACAUGGCAAUACCUCAAUGGUGGGAGCAUCCCUUUUGGCGCAUAUAAGCGUAGUUGCCGCUUAGGCCUGAAUGUUCCCUGACCCUGCUCGAAAAUCUCCGUAGCGUAACGGACUCUCGUUAAAGCCAAAACCGCCCCCACUGUACCAUUAUUCGAGUAUCGUGCUCAAUGUUGGUCACUGUUAAGGGUUCAUAGAUGGGAACACGCUCGCCGCCAAGGAUUUAGGGUGUCUCACUAAGGGCAUCGAGAUGGGCUCCUCUGCCAGCAGAAAACGUUAAAGGAUUCGCCUAUAAAACAGGCAAGACCAGAUCGACUGAAGUUGUAACGGGACAAUAAACCCGAGUACUCCUGUUCACUAGCCUUGACUAUCUGCACUAUCUCCCUUUCUCUGUACACUGUUAUACACAUAUUUCGAUCACAUGUCUACUCCUUCUGAAGAGAGACGACUUCGCGUGCAGGGCCCACGGUCAGCAGCAGGCUGCCGAAUAUGCAAGCAGCGUCAUGUCAAGUGUGAUGAAACUCGCCCAGAAUGCAAAAGAUGCCUGAAAGGCGGAAGACGCUGCGAAUACGCUCGGCCACCAGGAACAACCCGCAAAAGUUUCAUCAUAUACACCGUCUCGCGGUCACCACCCACCUUUCCUGACCUAGAUGCUUGCACCCAGCGAGCUCUGCAUCACUACCGCGUGGAAGCAGCUCCGGCUAUCACAUACCCGUUCUACUCCGAGCUAUGGUCCAAAACCGUGUUCCAAAUGAGCGAAAAAUACCCCUUUGUCAUGUCCGCUUUGAUCGCUUUAAGCAACAUGUAUGAACUGUAUCAACAACCUUCCUCUGCUCGACUCAGCCUACAACAAAGCAGUAUACACCAUUACAAUAAAGCCAUCAACGGCAUCGUCAGUACCAGUCGAGACGAAGACAGCAUGGAAGCAAUUAUAGUCUCUUCCAUAAUAUUUUAUGCACUCGACAAUAUUCGGGGUUCGUGGUCUAGUGCCCUCCGUCACGCCAUUUCUGGAAUGAACAUGAUCGAGGAACACCAAAAACUCCUGCAAUCCCAGCAAAACCACAAGAAAGCCUCCGAAACGAUGAUUAAGAAAUUUCGGGAUGAGUUAGUCAUGCUUACAUACCAGGCACUGGAAAUGGGAGGCCUCGAACACUCGAAGCUGCACUUAACCUCUGGAAUAUGGGAUCUCGAUAUACCAGCCAGCUUCGCUAGUGCAGAGCAAGCAUUCUAUCAUUACCAAGUUCUUCAUAACAGGUCAAUGAAUACGAUUAUACGGUUCAAGAGCCAGAGUCCGACCGGCAACAGUGGCAUCCAAGAUGUCAUUCGAUCGGUAGAGGGUCAGCACGAAGUCGAUAGGCUCAAGGCAGGCGUGCAAAGUUGGGAUCGAGCAUUCCAGCCUCUGCAGCAGCAGAUGAUAGCCCACGAGAUAAAAGACGAGCGGCAACGGCGUGCCAUUUCGUAUAUGAAGAUGAUGUGGGACGUCAUGCUCGCGGCAUACCUCCCAGGUCGCACUCUGCUCAAUACGGAGAGUACCAAAGCUUUAGAGGAGAUGUGGGCCUACCACAAUCUAGAAAGCGACUAUGUUAACAACAAGUUUGCUUUGUAUCUGAGUCAUCUCCCUGUCUUGUUCCAGUUCGCAACGCGAGGAUGUCCCGAGGAACAGGAGCUUGCAUUAAGAACAUUGCGCUCUGGGAUUUUAGCCAGACGGGAGGGAGCGUGGACCACUGUUGAAGCGGCAGUAAUUGCAGAGAGGGUAAUCAACAUGAAGGAAAACAUGCCUGAUCGUGUUGUCGAUGUGCUUGAGAUUGAUCUUUUCGACGGUUGUCGAGUGAAAUAUCUGGUGAGGAACGUGGGAGGCUAUGGAAAUGAACACAACCCUCCUCCUGAAGUAUAUGAAGAGAUUAUUCAACUAGAUUCAUAUAUGUCUGCUCUCAGUCUCGAACCGAGUCCACUCGAUGACUGA